UCAUCCCUUAAUCAAGAGUUUUUUUUUUUCUUGAUUUCAAUUUAAAUUUUCCCCUAAAUUCUCAUACUUCGAUCUUAUCUUUUUCUCUCAAUCCAAUUUUGAUUCCAAUUUAUCUCCAUCUUUUGAGGAUCUUUUUGAAUUUCCGACCAUAAUCAUCAUCUCAACUUUUCAAGAAAUUUGAUGGGCGUUUCUAGGGUUUAUUCAGAACCCUCUAAUUCUUCUUCUUUGUCUUCAGGCACUUCUUCAAUUGCUGUAAUUGACACCAUUGAUGGCACUCAUGAAUUCAGAAUUAAUGGUUAUUCGUUAGCCAAAGGAUUAGGAAUUGGCAAGUACAUUGCUUCUGAUAAAUUCAUUGUAGGAGGAUAUUCAUGGGCCAUUUAUUUCUAUCCUGAUGGUAAAAGUCCCGAAGACAAUGGUAGCUAUGUUUCCCUCUUUAUCGCCUUAGCUAGUGAAGGUACUGAUGUUAGAGCUUUGUUUGAAUUGAAGCUUGAAGAUCAAAGUGGCAAAGAAAAUCAUAAAGUUCAUACUCACUUUGGUCGACCCCUCGAAACUGGCCCUUAUGCCCUCAAAUACCGCGGGAGUAUGUGGGGCUAUAAACGCUUCUACAGGAGGACAUCACUGGAGUCCUCUGAUUACCUUAAAGAUGAUUGUCUGGUGAUCAAAGGCACUGUUGGUGUUGUGAAAUCACGUACGGAGGGACCGAAGAAAUACUUAAUACGAGUCAGCCCAUCUGAUAUGGGGAAAGAUUUUGGAGAACUUUUAGAGAGCAAGACUGGUGCUGAUGUAAGCUUUGAAGUUGACGGGGAGGUCUUUGCUGCACACAAGGUAAUCUUGGCAGCACGAUCACCUGUUUUUAGAGCUCAACUAUUGGGUCCAAUGAAGGAGAAAAAUAUGGAGUGCAUACGAGUGGAAGAUAUUGAAGCUCCAGUAUUCAAGGCUUUGUUACAUUUCAUAUAUUCGGAUGAGUUGCCAGAUAUGCAAGAGCUCAGUGGUUUAAACUACAAAGGAGCUUCAACCUUGAUUGCUCAACAUAUGCUUGCUGCCGCAGAUCGGUAUGGACUUGAGAGGCUAAAACUCCUAUGUGAGGCUCAACUUUGUGAAGAUAUUGCAAUAAAUAAUGUAGCUGCAACAUUAGCAUUGGCCCAGCAGCAUCAGUGUGAACAACUGAAAGCUCAGUGCCUUAAGUUCAUUGCAUUGCAUGAAAAUCUUAGAGCUGUGAUGCAAACAGAAGGGUUCGACUACCUCAAGGUUAGUUGUCCAUCGGUCUUAAGUGAGCUGCUGGUAUAUGUGGCGAGAAUAAGCAAACAUUCUACAUCGUCUUUUGCUUAUAGUAAUGAGGCCAUUUUGCUGGAUGGUAGCGACAUGAAUGGAAGAAGAGUGAAGCAAAGAUUAUUCUGAGUACAUAUAUCUUGUAUAAAAUGCCCCGAGUUAAUAAAUAGGUAUUAGACAUUUGCAAAUAGAACUUUGUUUGUUCGAUUUAUCGAUAGCACUUUGACAUGGUGGUCUCUGGAUAUUGAUAUACAAUUUCAAUUCUUUUAGCUGUGUUUUGUUUAUGCAGUUAUGCUUAUGCUUA